GGCUGUAGCCUGUAGGAUCCGAAAGCGGCUGUCAAUUAAUGCCCCUUCCGGUGUUUCUUUUUUUUUUUCGCUUAACCAAAACAGAGGAUUGAGGUUUUAAGAGUUCUUAACUAUUUGGGAGAAGCCGAAAAAAAAAAACGAUCCCUCAUGUUACAGAUCAGGCGUACGGUAUGUAUGGCUUGAUUAAACACGAGAUAAAGAGAAAAAAGAGACCUUCUCGGGUAAAGCUCUGUGUUAAAGAUUAACGGGGGUUUUUUUUUUCAGACACCACCUAUCUAUCAAGAUCCUAUCAAGAAAUCCAUGAAAACUUCAGAGAUCGCCAAUAAGUAAAAACCAGGGCUGACGAGUGCCCAAAACAGGUUGAAUUAGUUUUCAGCUUCACUCAAAUUGCAAUGAGUUUCUAACGUCAUAAUCAUCAUACCAUACAUAGAGUACCAAAUAAUUGAACUAUACUCUAUGUUAUUAGAUUUACCUCCCCUCGUAGAGCGUUGUAUUUUUUUUUCUUUUCCCUCCCCUAUUUUUUUAGAAUAGCAAAGCUACGGGAACCUCUUUCUACGCCGUAUUAUGCCUUUCUUCUUUCUAAAGAAGGAAAUACUAAACUGCAUAACGUAUGGCUCAGUUACUUAACAUUCUAUAGUGUGAUACUUAAAACUAAAGAAUGAUACAAUAGAAUUAAUAUUUACUCAUACUAGCCUUCCAUGAGUUUAAUGCACUUACUAUCUUAUAUCCAUAGAUUGUAUUGAAGUUAAACUUCAAUUCCACUUAGUACAUGGUUUGAACCGCAGGGACUUGGUAGUUUCUGGUCAAGUAUACAAUUAUUGUAGACUUUUAAGUACUCUGUUGUUGUUUUUUGUUUAUUUUUUCGUAAUUUAUAUUUGCAUGAUAUCUACGAAAAGACAAACGGCUCGGAGACUCCAGGAGACUCCACACUUCCCCAUACCAAGUCAAAAGAUAGGUUUUCGUAUCAAAUAGCAUAUGCAGACAGACAGACCGAAGCCACCUGUCCCUCAGUAUUCUGCAAGGCCCUUGUAACCUGCUAUUCUAUCAACAAGCUUCCUUCUAGAAAGCUUUAUUGUUAAGGAUUCUAUGAUACUAGAUAGAUAACCCUUGUACCAUAUCUUGUUGCCCUAAUGCUUACAAUAUUAUAAAAGGUAUCCAUAUCAUACUUAGCAAAGGCGGGCUCAGAUAGACUUACUAUCUGCGGGCUUGAGGUAUGGCUGCAUCAAGUAAACCUAAUAGUCAGUCCUAAAUUUUUCAUAACAGGAACACGUGAUAGAAGAUUGAAUUCCGAUUAGAAUUCUAUUUAACUUAUCAAUUGGAUCAACCUUGCCCACGGGUAUAAAGCGCCCAUCCUCCCAUCCUUCCCACUCUCCCCCCUCACCCAUCACCUUCCUGACAGCCGCGAAAGUAAGUAGCACUGUCACUAUUUCCGUCACCUGAAACACCCAGUAAGAACCUCAACCUCCGUUACAUUCAAUAUCAGUCUAACGCGCAAGGCCAUAUCUGAAAAUGCCUCCUCAAGACGAUGGUCCUAUGGAGCAGACUCAGACUCCCGAUAACAACCUGGGCACCCAAAGCGUUACAAGCAUUGAGUUAGGUCGGGACCCCGUGACAACUUUAGAAGUUUCUAUGGGCUUUCGCAAUUCCGAGAUUUCUUUGACCAUUGUCCAUGGGCCCCCUUUGGACCAACCGAUCAUGACCACCAGAACCAGGAGCGCGAGUUUUUCUGAGAGCGAGUAUGAGUCGGCAUUUGUCUCUCUGGAAGAAAAUGAUUCCAGCAGGGGUGGUUCCGAGUAUGAGUCGACAUUUGUCUCUCCGGAAGAAAAUAAUUCCAGCAGGGGUGGUUCUGAGUAUGAGUCGACAUUUGUCUCUCUGGAAGAAAAUGUUUCCAGCAGGGGUGGUUCCGAGUACGAGUCGACAUUUGUCUCUAUGGAAGAAAAUGUUUCCAGCAGGGGUGGUUCCGAGCACGAGCCCGGGACUGCCCCCGUAGCUGCUGUGCUAUCGGAGUCGGGGGCAGGCUACUGGGAGAACGGAAUCAGGAACCAGGGUGAGGGGAAGGAGGACGCCUUUAUACCCAAGUGUGAGGAUACCUCUAGUGAAAGCUCCGAAGACUAUGGUAAAGACCAUACUAUGGAGGCCCUAGCAAUUACCCUUAUCCGCCGAGCUCUCGGCAACACCUCGGACGUCGGAAUAAAUGAGCAGAAGAUUCCUCCUACUCCUCCAACUCCCCCCUCCCGUCUUCCAGUCACCACAACCAUGCCGACAGAAUUACCUGCAAACUCCGUGCAACUCUCCUUCUUCAACCCCCCGGAGCCUUCCUACGGCCUAAUUGAAACCGAGGACGGCGUAACUGUGGAGCUGACCAAUGAGACCAAACUCAAAUUCUUCUCCGUCGAUUCCGAAGAGGUUGAAGACGCUCUCAGUGGGCUUCCCACUAUUGCUCCAAAGAUAAGGUCUUUGAUUGAAAGGGCCAAAGAGCAAUUAGCUGAGGCGCUUGAUUGCGCUAUGUGGGACCUCUUGAGUAAGAAGCCUGACAUGCUCCCGGAACAUCAGGAGAUGGAGAGCAAGGUCAAGCAGAGGUAAGUUUCCCACUCUGAACUAUAACGCUACUGACGCUGACUUUUAUGCUGGGGUAAAAGGGGGAUCCUCGGUGGCCUGGAUGUUCAGGUCAAUUUUACAGUCACGGCUACAUGCCUCGGGGAGAAGCUGGCGGAAAUGACCCACCACUAAGUUGGUUGUACGAAAGGCUGGGAAUUCGCAAUCCUACACCCAUUAUCAUCUUAUCAGCUAUUAUUAUCCGUUGAAUGGGGCGAGUUUACGAUAUUCUUUUGUAUCCGGUGGACAUAAAAUCUGUUACUUGGGGCUAUUCCUGGUGUUUGAGAACGCAAUUCUAUACAAUUAUCAUUACUUGCUUAAAAUCUCCAAGCCAUUCAUAGUCAUAAGUGAGAUACGGGACGCUAAAAGGUGCCAUAAAUACCUAUUCUUCCUUAGUUUUUCAGUCUCUAUAGAGUAUCGCCAUCUCUCGCGGCCCACACUCAGAGUGAGCGCAGACAUGCAGUAGUAAUCUGGGAUAGCCCGUAGCGGAAGACACAGAACAGGACGGAGAGAUGUUAUUCGGUAAGGACCCGUUAGGUACAAAAUAUAGUAAGCGACAGGGAUAUAUACCCGCUAUUUAUAAAAAUUCAAUACCGGUAGUUGAGCUUGUCCGCGCUUCCUACCUGUACUAACUUGGUUAGGCAGCUCCGUUAACAAACAAAGUCAACAAAGAAACAACGGGAGAAGCAGAGCGAGAUACAACGGAAACACCACAAGUCCUGACCAGGGCCUGUGUUGGAAAUAGAAUAAAGACCCGAACAAAGCAUUUUAGAAAAUAAAGAAAUCCUUCUAUCAACACUACACUGCGCGUCCGAGUAUAAUUUAGGAGAAAAAAAUAGCGGGAGAGAAAAAAAAAAAAGGGCGAAGUCUACCAAACUCGCCCCGACGCUAAUGUGAUCGAGUUUCCCAAGACGGAGAGGAAUAGAAAAAAAAGAACAAGAAGCAAAAGUAAGGAGCAAAAAGGACAUGAACAGCAAAGAAACUCUACACUAGACCUCCAACAAAAACAGAGCGCGGAACUCAGGUAAAGUAUAGGAUAAAUUAGGAAAGCCCUACCAUAGUGCUGUAAAUCGGGCUACCACAAAUGCCGCCCAAAAGUAUCUAGGAACGAGUGGUAGAGUGACUCGCCCAACUUUCUAGGUGAGAUAAACAGGUCCUUUCAAUUUUCGAAACCUUCACAGCUACAGCGCGGGCAUUAUGACAUAUAGACAUCUCUUUGACACUACCUUUGUUGUGCUCGGUCACUAACCCGGUAUCCAACAAGUAGCGGCUUAGUAAAUUUAGCUCGAGUGACAUCCCGUGCAUAAUCUCUCGGAAACGAGAGAA